AUGCACAGUCGCGAGUCCUCCGCCGUCAGAGGAAGAGCCGCGGACCCCUCCACCCUUGCCCCUACUCUCACGCGGCGUGGUCACUCCGGUUCCAAGAGCCCCGACGUUUCGGCCGGUCGGCCCGCAGGAUAUGAAGGAUUAGAACGAAGACCUUCGAACUCGUACGGUCAUCACCGCCAGACUUCGAUCGUACACGGUGUGCAGCACUCGCGGAACCCGAGCAUGGCCGGUUCAACCGCAUCCACCAGCCCGCUCAGCCCGGAACUGAUCGCGUCUCUCGGUCGCGGCGCUUUUGAUGAGGCGACGCUCCCUGCGAAAUUCGAUCCCCUCGAUUCUCAUUCGGGCUAUUCCACCCCAUCCGGGAUGGCCGCGGGCCAUGGGUUACCUCCGAUGUUAAGCACCAUACAAGACAACGAUAUCGAUGGCAUGAACCCGAGCCCGGCGGAGGUCCUCCACAAACGAAUGAACUCGGGGGCAAGACAAUACGGGAAAGAUCACAUAGCGGAUAGUAAGAUCAAUCAGGCGAUUAUGAAACUGGGAGAAUCCGAUGCUCCAGUAGAGGAAGUAUGCGGUCCUGGGGCAGACCCGACCUUUGAUCAAUUGAUCUCGGCAUUAGGUCACAUUGCCCGAUUGAAACCGAAACCGUUAAUCGAUACGAUUAUGUUCUGGCGUAAGGCCAAGGGCGAUGCCGCCAUCACAGCACGACAGAUGGGGAACGAACAGAAGCCAUCCCCGGGGUCCGAGAAUGGGCCGCUUCUUCGUCGCAACACCGAACCGACACAACCCGGUGAUCAAUUUGCUCCAGCGGAACGGCCGCAGCAAUCGACGCCUUUCCUUGCUCGUCAUGAUGAUAUUGCUUUGGUGGAGCGACGGGCCACAGUCUCGGUCUAUCUAGUCUGCAGAGUCUUGAUCGAGAUCUUCAACCAGAGUAGCCUGGCCUCAAUCACACUGGACAUGGCAGAUCGCCUCGAGGAUAUCGUGUUUGGCCAAGUGAAAACAUCCGACCCCGAUCAGAUCUCUGCAUCACCGCUCCGUAUGGCGAAUUGGAGGAUAUACGGUCAAUUAUUGGGCCUUAUGAGCGAAUCGAAUUUCUCCAGCGUCGCCAAUAGGUUCUUGGGCGAACUCGAUCGCUACCAGAAAGAUGAAGCUGCCAAAGGUCCAUCUCGAGAUGGUGACGCAAAGACAGAAUUAUUGAUUCUUUGCAUGCGAUAUCUGCGUCUUCCCACAAGUAUUGAGGGAUGGCCCAAGUCUUGCGACUUUAUGCGAUCUUUAGCACGGUUGUUUGUCAAUGCCCACGGGCAGCGUAUAAAGCAAGCCUACUGCUAUGUGAUCGAGAAACUUCUUCUGCCUGUUGCUGCCAACCCUAGCUGCGAUCUUUCCCUGCCUCGCUGGAAGGAAUUCCUAGAUUUAGUCCAGCCACGUCUGGUGCAGCUUCUCACCAAACCUCGUCAUUGGGCAGCUUCUUUUUCAUUAAAUGUUUUGUUACUCUGCAUCUCCAACAAGGAGACAUUUUCUUCUCAGUGGCUCCCGAUGAUCUCGAGUUUGCCUCCACGACUGAAAGAUCGUCCCACGCGUGCACCCGCACUCCAUGCAAUCUGUCGUCUGGUCUGGACAUACUUCUUCCGUUUCUCUGACUCCCCCACAACAACACUUCGCAAGGUUGAAGAAGUGGCCAAAAUUGCUCUUCCAACUGGUCGUCGUACCUACCUAAGCGCAGAGCCGGUCUUUGUCGAUCCCUUGAUACAACUGAUUCAAAUAAUUGGAUUCAAGCAUCCGGAUGUCUGUUUCCGAAACAUCAUAUUCCCGUUGAUCAACUCCGACCUCUUCCUAUCUGGCAGAGAAUUGAAGAUUGAACAGAUGGAACCCGAAAAGAUGGUCAUUGGCAUCCGUGCCUUUUUGGCUACCAUGUCUGAUUUGGAAACAAGUGACCAGCUGUGUCCUCCAAUCCCCACUGGAUCACUACCUAAUCCUUUCACCGAUGUCUCGACUCCCAUAUAUUUCCACAGGCCACAACUGCUUGCGGAGCCAACGGCAACGAGUGUGACUGAAGCACAAGAUCCAACCCUAUGGCAACCUGUCAACACAGCAAGAUUAAGUGAAAAUGUGAAGGAGUAUUAUUUCCGUUUUUGUGAAGUUCUGGGCAAAAUCACCUUACUAUGUGACAACACUUUUGGUGGUCAGGCAGUUCUAGAUGAAAAGUUCGGUGGAACAACACCGAAAACACCGAUUUCAGAAGCAUUCAGUUUUGGCCGACGUGAUGAUCACGUCACUACACUGGACCAGAAGCAGGGCUUCUACGAUUUACUCCACGUGGCAGUUCAGGCCCUUCCACGUUGUCUCUCCGAUCACAUUCCAUUCAAUUCUCUCAUCAAUCUGCUUUGCACGGGUACUGCUCAUGUGCAGUCCAACAUUGCUACCUCAUCAGCAGAGUCCUUGAAAGCCAUCGCAAGGCAGUUACAUGCACAGCAAGUCACAAUUGGGUUUGCUAGGUUCAUUUUCAACUUUGAUGAGCGUUAUUCUACCAUGUCAGAUGAAGGAAUGCUCGGACCAGGCCAUAUUGAAUCAACCUUGCGGCUGUAUGUCGAGUUGUUGCAGAUUUGGAUUGAUGAGAUCAAGCAAAAAACCAGGGGUGCAGCUAUGGACCAGCUGGAGAGAUCCAUCUCCGGCAGCCGAGCUUUGCAUCUCGACUUGUCAAGCGUUCUUGCCCACGUCGAGGAGAUCGAGUCACAUGGUCUGUUCUUCUUAUGUUCGCAAUCGAGACGAGUGAGAGCUUUUGCGAUAACUGUUCUACGCUUGAUCACCGAGUUCGACAGUGCUCUUGGCAAGGAAAAUACCAGAAUCAUUCGCAUUCUCGAGGCUGAUUCUCAGCAAAUCCUUGAUGUCAAUGAUGAGAACCUAACUGUGGCGGAGCGAAGUCGAAUUCAGAAAGGCAAGCGAAGCAGCGCAUCUCAGAAUACACUUAUCGAACUUUGCAGCAGUGAAGUGUCUUACGAUUCAACAUUGUGGGCCAAAGUGUUCCCCAACAUCAUCCGUGUCAGCUUUGAGACUUGCCCUUUUGCUGUCACACUGGGCAGAGAGAUCGUAUGUGCACGCCUUGUUCACAUGCAUAAGAGCAUCACAUCUCUUGCUGAGAGUACACGAUUCCCUCCUUUCGCCCCUUUAGACUCAAAUUCAAACCGUCCUCCCAUUGGAAGAAACAACGUGACGGCUGAGAUCCUGGUCGAACAAUGGAAGCUCUACUUGGUCAUGGCUUGCACGACUGUCACCAGCGUCGGAGCCCAGUCUCAGAGCCAACUUGCCAAUGCUCAACAUGCCCGAAAAGCUUCCAAGGGAGCUCAGCAGCCCCAAAACAAGAUCAGUUCUGCUCGCAGUCUGUUCGCCUUUGUCAUUCCACUUCUUUCCGCUGAGCGGGAUUCUAUCAGGAGUGCCAUUGUAGUGGCUCUUGGUGCUAUUCACAAGAAUCUUUACCGCACACUUCUAGAGUCUUUGCAAUACGCUGUUACAACCUGCAACGAAGAAGCCAAGAUGAGAAUCGGCAAUCACUAUCGUAGCCCCAGCAGCCCGCGCCGGAACAGAAAGACUGAUCGCUUGCGCACUGAAGUCACGAAUGUCUAUAAACUCACUUCCCAUUUCCUUCAAGAACCCGAGGUUUACAAUGACGACUGGAUCGUCAAUAACCUGGUCACAUACGCCAAGGACAUCCGGAUUUUCCUCAGUGACGCCGAGGUCCAAAAUGACUGGGAAUUCCAGCGCCUGCGCUUCCAUUUCUGUGGACUAAUGGAGGAAGUUUUUGAAGGAAUCAAUCGUGCCAAGGAUCCUUCUCGCUGGAUGCCCUUUGAGUCUCGAAAGUCCGCUUUCUCGCUCAUGGAGGAGUGGUGCGGCUACUCGCCAAACCAAUCUCAAAUCUCUGCAAGGGAAGAGAAUAUGCGGAAGUAUUCUCUCUCACAAACCCAGGAAGCUGGCGAAAUGAGGAAUACGGCUGCUGCUAUGGAGAUUGAAAAGAAGAGUCUUCGGGGGGCGGCACUGAGCGCCAUGGCUUCUCUUUGCGCCGGUCCCAUUAGCAUCGCUACUGAAAGUGGCUCGGUCCUUCAAUUCGAUGUCAUGCGCAUGCUGUCAUGGAUUGAGAUGAUCUUCAGCACUGUUAGUGACAAGUGGCAUACUACAGGCCGGCGGGCCCUGAAGAAUUUGAUCAUUCAUAACCAGGAGCACUCUUAUCUGAUGGAGCGAUCAAUUGAGAUGUGCUAUAUCACCGAGCGACCAAAGACUAUUGAGAGUUACUUCGAAGUAGUCACUGAAGUGCUCUUUGAGUACCCAGACUAUCCUCUCAGAUUCUGGAGAAUCCUUGGUGCAGUCUUGGUUACACUGGGUAACGAGAAGCGGGAGAUUCGAAUGAAGUCUGCCAAACUUCUUCGGAAGCUCGAGGAGCGCCAGCAAAAGAACUCCAGGCUUCAAGACUUUGAUAUCAGCAUUUCCGACAAGACAACCGCUGUCUACAAGCUUGCCCAAUUCGAAAUCUCCAAGCGAUUGGCUGGCCAGCAUGCUGAUUUAGCCUUCACCAUUUUCUCGGAAUUCUCUCUGCAUUUCCGCAAUCUUCGGCCUGACAGUCAACGGAACAUGGUUGCUGCCAUCCUGCCGUGGGUUCAAACAAUGGAGCUCCAGGUUGACCCUAAUGGUGGCCCUACUGCUAGGUCAUAUAUGCUGCUUGCGAAUCUCUUCGAGAUCACUAUUCGCUGUAGCACGAUACUGCCCAAUCAAGUGCAGGCUUUGUGGCAGGCUUUAGCGACUGGCCCUCACGGAGGCAAUGUCCAGCUAGUGCUAGACUUCAUCAUCAGCAUCUGUCUGGAGCGCAAAGAGCAAAACUUCGUCGAGUAUGCCAAGCAAAUGGUCGUAUUCUUGUCUGGUACUCCGGCUGGCUCAAAGGUCAUUGAGUUUUUCCUAUUGCAGGUUGUACCCAAAAACAUGGUGCAAGAACGAAAGGAACUCACCCCACCUCCGCCCGACAUCAAAAGCUUGCCUUACGUCGCAGAUCUCGCAACCGUGCUCCCCGUUGGCAACAAGCAAGCUGGUCUUUCUCUGGGACAAGUCGCCCUGAUCUUCCUCGUUGAUCUUAUGGUCGCACCGGUCACCCUCGCCCUAGAUGACGUUGUCAAGCUCAUCCAUGUUGUCCUCAUCCUUUGGGACCACUAUACAGUCACUGUGCAGGAGCAGGCUCGGGAGAUGCUGGUCCAUCUCAUCCACGAACUGAUAGCGGCUAAGCUUGAAGACGAUGCACCGGUAGGUGCGCGUCAAUCCGUCGAGGACUUUGUGGAGUCUAUCCGCAAGAGUGAUCCCGCCGUUGUGUGGGAAUAUGAAGAGAAUCAUGGCAAGGAUGAGGAAUCUGAUGACCGUCGGGUACCUGCUUCUAUGGCCACUGUUACCCGCGAUGUUGUCACCUUUUUUAGCUUUGCCUAUGAAGGCAUUGGUGAGUUGUGGGCCAAGCAGGCCUUAAAUUGGGCUACAUCUUGUCCCGUAAGACAUUUGGCAUGCCGUUCGUUCCAGAUCUUCCGUUGCAUUUCAACGUCUUUGGACUCGAGGAUGUUGGCGGAUAUGCUGGCUCGGCUUUCAAAUACUAUUGCCGAUGAGGAGACUGAUUAUCAGACUUUCUCGAUGGAGAUUCUCACAACGUUGAAAAUUAUUAUCAGUUCGUUGAAUCCGUCGGAUUUGUUGAACUAUCCUCAGCUUUUCUGGACUACUUGUGCCUGUCUCAACACGAUUCAUGAAACUGAGUUCAUUGAGAGUAUUGGCAUGCUUGACAAAUUCCUCUCUCGUGUCGAUCUCAGUGACCCAGCUGUCGUGAGCACAUUGAUUGAAGGCCAGCCACCAAAGUGGGAGGGCGGAUUUGAUGGUCUUCAGGAUCUUGUUUUCAAGGGAAUGAAAUCGUCCGAGUCCUUUGAUCGCACCCUUGAUCUUCUGCAUACUCUGAGCGGCCUACCGAACAAUGACCUCAUUGGAGACGGAACUAGGCAAUUGUUCACCGUGCUGGCUAAUCUGCCUCAUUUCCUCCAAUGCUUCGAGCAAGGCUUCACCGACCAGAAAGCCAUUAAUCGUGCUAGCUUGCUUGCCCGCGUGGCAGAGAAUGAGCGAUGCCCUCGACUUGCAGCGUCACUGUUUGGUUUUGCGAAUCAGCAGUACAAGACCGCCGGCGUCUUCUUGGAUCACAUCAUCACUGAGAUCAAGUCGUACUAUUUCCCACAGCUGGACUUCCAGUGCUUGAUCUUCCUCAUGGGCCUUUUGACCAACACUUCUGAUUGGUUCCGCAUUAAAACCAUGAGGAUUCUUUGUGUCUUAAUUCCUGAGGUAGACAUGCGCCGGACUGAGGUCACUUGUCAUGGCCCAGAUCUGAUCUCCCCACUGCUCCGACUUUUGCAAACUGAGCUCUGUCCCCAGGCUUUGGAGGUUUUGGAUCACAUCAUCACUGUCUCCGGUAAUCCAAUGGAACGCCACCAUCUUCGGAUGAGUAUGGCGUCGGCUAGCUCUUCUCGCGCCAUUCGGAAGGAGUACGAGCGGAUUCAAAGUCUUUACGGUAUUCCUGAACCAUCGGGAUGGUCUGUACCCAUGCCUGCCACUCAGUCAAGCAUGACUCGAAACAAUGUCCACGCUGUCUUCUACACAUGUGUCGAAGCCGAUGACAUGUACGCGGAAGAUGUCAUGACGCCUGAAGUGGCAUUCCAUGUCGAUGAAUUCAAUGACUCAUUUUUCCCACUGAGAGCUGAUACCAUGAAGUCGAUUGACACACAGACCGAUGGCAACAUCGGAGAUAUCGUGCAGAAACUGGAUAGUCUCGAUGACUUCUUCGAUGAAACCGACCCAGGUACCCCAGUCAUGAAUCCAGUCGCUCCACCAAUGCUACGAGGGUUUACCGGCAGCUACGUCGAUUCCAACGCACACCUCUACGACCAGCAGACUGCACCAAUCCUACGAAAAUCUCUUGCUCGGACGGGCUCAACCUCGUCCUUCCACAACGGUCUAGCCGAGUCACGACCGCCUAACUUCCGCUUCGAUGGACCAGCUGUGUAUUCCCCAGCAACAAUCACCCCUCCCAAUGCCGCACAAAUGUUGCGUCCAAUGUCUCACCACACCCGCUCCGUCACCUCCCCCGCCAACAAUCUUUACGUUCACACAACCAAUGCACCAAACUCCACACCAAACGUGGGCCUAACAGACUCAGCCUUCCUCUCCGAUGACGACCCCGACGAAGUCCAUUCCGAUCUAGACGAUCGCCCCGUGACCACGACCACCAAGCUAGCGCCACCAGCACCAAUGGUUCGCAGUGCUACAGACGGUCCUCAUUCCAUUGAAUCGAUGAUUCGCAGCGGCAUGCGGCGCCUCACCGGCGGUGCAGCAGCAACCAGGGACAAAGAGCGCCAGCGUGACCUCCUCCGUGCUCAGCAUCGUGCUAUUGUACAGACGGCCAAUUCUCCCCGCGUUCCCAAGGUUCCUGAGGAGUAUCUCUCGGCUCCGACCAGCCACCCGGCUUCGCCGAGGUAA